GCACAUUGAGGUGCAGGAAUUGGCAAAGAGCAACGAGUCCCAAACAUUGCUCUUACCACUCGUUACACCUACCUGAAAAAAAGGAGAAACAGACAGUCUGCCAUCUGUGUAUGAAGACAAGUCAGAGGCAGCAAUGUCUUCAGCGGUGGAUCUCAAAACCAAGGAGGAGAAGGAUGCGGAGUUGGACAGACGAAUCGAGGCUCUGAGGAAGAAGAACGAAGCUCUGGUCAAGCGAUAUCAGGAAAUAGAGGAGGACAAGAAGAAGGCGGAGCAGGAAGGCAUCGCCAUUACAACACCACGGAAGCCCCGCAGCCACGACCCAGAGACGGACAGGAGGAGGACAGACAAAGAAAACUUCACCGUCACAGUCGACCUCUCUAAACCGGCAGGGGAUAAGAGAGUCGUGAACGAUUGGAAACCUGGUACACCUCGUGGCCGGAAGACAUCAGAGGAGAGUGAAGGGCACAGAGGACCAGGUGAGGGCCACAGAGGGCCUGGUGAGGGCCACAGAGGGCCUGGUGAGGGCCACAGAGGUCCGGGCGAGGGCCACAGAGGUCCGGGCGAAGGCCACAGAGGUCCAGGUGAGGGCCACAGAGGUCCAGGCGAGGGCCACAGAGGGCCGAGCGAUGGCCACAGAGGUCCAGGCGAGGGCCACAGAGGGCCAAGCGAUGGCCACAGCCCCCCUAGGAGGUCAGGAUCUGGACGAGUGGGUCGAGGAGGGCAGAGAGGAGGAAGAGGAGGAGAACGUCAGGACAGGAGAGACCGAGAACCCUGGACACCCAGAGAUGGAGAACCUGGAGAUUCAGGAGGACAGGGACGCAGAGGAGGAAGGAGAGGCAGAGGAGGAGGAGGCGGAGGAGGCAUAGUAGGAGGAGGAGUAGGAGGAGGAGAUGGAGGAGGAGGAGAUGGAGGAGGGACCCCAGGUGGCAUGGACAGAAAAUCCAAGGAAUGGGAGGAGAAGAGGCGACAGAACAUUGAAAAGAUGAAUGAAGAAAUGGAGAAAAUAGCAGAGUAUGAGAGAGGACAGCGGUCGGAUGGAGACAAGCCUAUCCGUAACUUCCUGGACGACCCGAGACGCUCUGGUCCAGCACCGGAUAUAGACCGCAAGGAGGGCAGCAGGAGACACGUACGAAACUGGGGAGGCCUGGACUUCGACAACGUGAAGACGGGAACCGAACUGGAGAAAGAGUGGACUAGUCGAAGGCCUGGUCCAAAAGGCUCCAUGGACAUGACGAUGUCCAUGACCGGCCGGGAGAGAGCGGAGUACCUGCGCUGGAAGAAGGAGCGCGAGCAGAUUGACGAGGAGAGACUCGCACGCCAUCGUAACGCCACCGGCCAGUGGAGACGAGAGUGGGACGCACAGAAGACGGACAGCAUGUUCAAGGAGGACCCAUAUGCGGCAGCAGAGGGCAUCACAUCAGAGCAGGGCAGCAGAAGAGACGACAGUAAGCGACCUCCUAAAGCGCCGACAUUCGGCGAAUUCCUGUCCCAGGGCAGGACGCAGGGACCCCGAGGGGAAUGGAGCCGGGGACGGGGAAGAGGACAGAAACAGAGCUACAGCAUGCAUGACAACCGCUGGGAAGGAGAGAAAGAAGAAGAAGGAGAGGAGGAGAAGGAGAAGGAGAAGGAAAAGGAAAAGGGUGACAAAACAAAGAGAGAGGAGAAGACUAAAAAGAAGGAGAAAGAGGAAGAAAAACCCAAACCUCCAACCGUGCAGAAGGUGGAGGAGAAAGGCGCCGACGGAGAGGAGGAUGAUGAAGAAUGGGAGGAUGCCAGCGAUGGAGAGGAAGUCGACGAAGGAGUGGAGGAAGGCAGCGACGGUUCUGACGGAGAACACGACGAGAAGAAAGACACCGGGAAGGAGAAACCAACCAAGAGCAAAGACGCCUCCCCUACAACUCCCAAACCUCGUUCUCGAACAACAUCGGCAGGAAGCCCCAAAGAGCAGCGGACCCCCAGGCCGAAGGUCCACAUCCCCUCCCCGGGAGCGGCGCAGGAAUCACCCGAGGGAGGAAAACCACUCAGCCCCUUCUCCCCGCUGGACGGCCACCAGCCCGUUACAGACUGGGGGGAGGAGAUGGAGAUGCUGUCGCCCCGGAGCAGCAUGGGAGGAGAGAGCCCACUGAAACCCCCCAGCGCUGAGUCCAGCCCCCCUCAAAAGAAGGAGCAGGGGGAGGAGACAAAGAGUCAAGCUGCCACCUCUAAUGAACCUGCUGAGCCACAAAAAGAGGAGCAUACAGCUGUAAAGGUUUCCUCGCCUCCAGAAGAAAAGACUCAAGUCCGGCAAACUGUGAUAGUGUCAGAACCAGAGUCUGUUCCCGCAGACUCCCCGGCUGCACCAGUGUCUGACCCCGCCCCGCCCCAGGUGGAGGUGUCUGACCCCGCCCCGCCGCAGGUGAAGGUGUCUGACCCUGCCCCGCCCCAGGUGAAGGUGUCUGACCCUGCCCCGCCCCAGGUGAAGGUGUCUGACCCCGCCCCGCCCCAGGUGAAGGUGUCUGACCCUGCGUGAAGGUGUCUGACCCUGCCCCGCCCCAGGUGAAGGUGUCUGACCCUGCCCCGCCCCAGGUGAAGGUGUCUGACCCUGCCCCGCCCCAGGUGAAGGUGUCUGACCCUGCCCCGCCGCAGGUGAAGGUGUCUGACCCUGCCCCGCCCCAGGUGAAGGUGUCUGACCCUGCCCCGCCGCAGGUGAAGGUGUCUGACCCCGCCCCGCCCCAGGUGAAGGUGUCUGACCCCGCCCCGCCCCAGGUGAAGGUGUCUGACCCUGCCCCGCCCCAGGUGAAGGUGUCUGACCCCGCCCCGCCCCAGGUGAAGGUGUCUGACCCUGCUCCGCCCGAGGAGGAGGUGUCUGACCCUGCUCCGCCCCAGGUGAAGGUGUCUGACCCUGCCCCGCCCCAGGUGGAGGUGUCUGACCCUGCUCCCUCUGAAGUUAGCGAGGCUGCUGUGACGAAGGCUGAGGAUACACCUGCUGCCCCUUCACAAGACAAAGCAGACACCCCUCCUCCCUCCUCUCCCGCCAUCCUGGAAGCUGAGCAGAGCUCCUCUGAGCCGGCAGGACACAAAGAUAAUAACAACCCAGCAUCCUCUGAGACUGCCGCCGCUGCUCCGACAGCAGAGAUGGCGGAUUCUUCAGAGCAGCCGUCCUCAGGUGCGGUCCAUAUCAGUGACUUUGAGACAGUGUCUUACAACUGAAGCUGCCAGGAACAAAAGGAGGAUGGGGAAAAAAGGAGGAAGAGCAUCACACUACUCAUCACUGCAACGACCAUCACACAUCUUUAAAAAAAGAUUUAAACCAUCAUGAGGAGGAAGAAAGAGGAGGAGGAGGAGGGACUGUGCUUUGCCACCAGCCUCACAAUGUUCACAAGCUCACUCGUCUGUCUGCGGCAGAGCUGUUCAAGUCUUCUUUUUUAUUAGGAUCACCUCUCGCUGCCAUGUUUUUGUCUCACUAUAUUUAAUAUUGAGGUAUCACAAAGUUAAAAAAUCUCAGUUUCUGGUUUUACAGUGAUGUAAAAGCUUCAGAUAGUUUAAGACUCAAGGUUUUUCAGCAGAAUAAACUGAGCAUGGUCCUUGAUUAUGUCCAGAAGAACCACCACGUAUAAACAUCAUGGAAGAUAGUUUUAAAAAAUGCUAAAAAAAUUACUUUAAAAUACCUUUUUCAGAGCUUCAAAUACAAGAUUAUAACAAGUUUAUGAAUUGAGCCACUUGCCCCGUUAUAGGCUGAUCCAGUCGCCCCCCCCCCCCCCCCCCACCAGUAAGAUCCAACAUGGAGCCCAAACUAGUCUGAAGUCAGUGUUCUAUUAUAUUUUUCACUUGAAAUCCAGAAAACAGUAUAUAAAAGGUUAAUAAAUGGAUUAUAACACUUAAUAAUGUAGUUGUGAGCAUAUAAGAGUUUAAUUUAUGUAUUUGGCUGCUGUAUAAACAGAUAAUGAAUGACAAUAAAGGUGUAAUAAUGUAAAAUGUCAUUAUAGGAGAAAUUAUAAUAGGUGACACAAGAUUAACAAACAUGUAUAAGGAGCCUCAUAUCUGCUCAUAACUACAUUUAAAGUCUCAUAAGCGAUUUAAAAAAAAAAAAAAAAAAAAAGAUGUGUCCACUUGGCUGUCAGACGUGGAUAAUUGGAAAUUGAUCAUCUAAUUCAACGAUUGAUUGCUUUUUGUGCACUAACAUACCUGCUAGUAGUGUGGGUUAAUAGCGGCAACCAUGGAUUAUUGGAUAAUUGACUGUUUUAAGAGCUCCAUUGAGACUUUUAAUGCAACAUUUGGAGCUAAAUCUACAAUAUCAGUCUGUUUUUAAUUUAAUUUUAUAUUUAAGAACAAUAAUUGAUUAACCUAAACCCACCAAACUAUCUCACUGACUCCCAUCUUUCUGAAACUGGUCUCCAUGACGAUUUUGUCUUUUAUAACCUGUGUGAGUGUGUAGCGUCCAUCAUGUGAUUCUCUCACCUCUCCAGUGAUCUCAGUGCCAUUAAGUCUACCCAUAAUGAACAGAUGCAUUUUUUAUUACUUUUGCCUUCAAGAUUGAAAUCAUUUUUAGAAAUAUCACCCACACCCGGGCCCGCUAACUUUAUUUAAUUUUCAUUUUAAAUAAUAAUCAUGAGAGAGAAUAUUUCUAAAAACAUUUCAAACAUCUUAAAAAAUGACAAAUUCUCAACCGGACUGUUUACACGAGCCUCACUGCAGGUCGUACAUGAUGCUUUAAGUGUGGGGG